AUGGUUGAAACUAAAACUUAUGCUGGAUGGGCUUCCGUCGCUUUUCAACUAGGUAUCCUUCGUAAACCAUUCAAUUACAACAACAUGGGAUAUGUUUAUUCUGCUGCAUUAUGGACUUUUUUCGGUCAUCUGUUCACAAAAGGGGUUGAAAGUCAAGAUGCUUUAUUACAAGAUCGUGUUGAUAAAUUGAAAGCUGCUAGAGCUGCUAGAGCUGCUAGACAUUCAGCUGCAACUCCAGCAUCUGAGAAUUAA